GUGUCAAAUAAUGACACUAUUGUGACGUUCGCCAUCGCUGUCGUCCUUUUCUUGGCGUGCAAUCAAAUACAGCAGCACGUGCCAAAAUGCGUAUAGAAACAUGUUAUUUUUGUUCGUCCAGGAUAUAUCCUGGACACGGAAUUCAAUUCGUCAGAAAUGAUUGCAAGAUUUUCAGAUUCUGCCGAUCAAAAUGCCAUGCUGCAUUCAAAAAGAAGAAGAACCCACGUAAAACUAAAUGGACUAAAGCCUACCGUAAGACAGCUGGCAAGGACUUGGCUAUCGACCCGUCUUUCGAAUUUGAGAAACGUAGAAACACCCCUGUCAAAUACAGAAGGGAAUUGUGGGCUAAGACUAUCGAAGCCAUGAAGAAGGUUGAAGAGAUUAGGCAAAGAAGAAGUAACAACCAUAUUAUGCAGAGGCUAAGGAAGGGCAGGGAAGUGGAAUGGCAAAGGGAUGUUCGAGAAGUUCAACGGGAUAUCUCACUCAUCAAAUCACCAGCAGCUGGCCUCAAACAGAGACAACUUGAAGAAGAAACAGAGAUGGAUGUUGAACCUGAAACCAUUGAAGUUGUUGACGCCAAGGGCCGCAAACAAGUCAUUGAGGCACCUGUCAUGGUACCCGCUACAGGAGAAAUGGUAGAAGAUGGUGGAGAUAUAGAAUUAUAAUUGUAAACAACAUUAUACUUAUUUGACUGACUCUUGAUAGUACUGCAGCAAAUUUUAAAAUUAUUUGUAAUUCAUUUUGUAAGUUGUAUUUAUUUGUUAAAAAAAGGGACAAUUGUAAGGAUCAGUUUGUUAAAUAAAAAUUUACAAAUCUGAUUUACAACUACAAGUUCUG